CGAUCUUCGGCGGUGAUGCGUCACUCUGUUGUGGUGGCGUACGGCCAUACUUUGCCACCAUGUGAGCGAGUCGCUCCGCGGUAAAAACACAAGUUGGAGUGAAACCCGGGAGCAGCGCCGCUCCUCUCAUCCGGAGCAACCGAGGAGUUUGCUGCCCCCUAUGAAGUGGCGGCGGAGUUACAACGUACAAUUUUAUGCAACCUGAAGCUUGUCUUUGCCCACCUGGAGUUUAGUUGAGACAGUUAAGGAUUGUCAGAAACCUCAUCAAGUUAAUGCUCCAAGGCAGGAUCUGUUUGGGUCAAAGCUGUACCUACUUGUGUGCCCAUGCUCACCACAAGACCUCCUUGCCGACACUUGAGCCGGGCCAGCAGUGAUGGUUGCUGAAGGUUCUUCUCAAAGCCAGUCAGCAAAGACUAUCAGGAAGUUCUCAUCCAACUGGAGGUGACGACCCCAGAAACAAGUGUCUUAUCGAAGAAGCGACCCUGCCUCGGCCAUGCCCGCCAAGUCACCCCCCUGGGGAGGCGGGGAUCCCCGGCCUUGCUGUGACAAAGUCCCGGUCCCCACCAUGUCUGUCAACCCGAAGACUGUCCGAACCACUCAAGUGCCUUUUGCUUGUCAGGAGCUGACCAAAGCUCGCUCCUCACCACCCCACCUUGCCUCGUCAGCUCAGGAUCACCACACCGGAACCCAGAGCCAGUCCGCGGCCGUGCCAAGUAGGCCCGCGACUCCAACGCCAAAGACUAACGGCCUUCCGAAUCCAAACAUCCAAUCGACUGGAGUGAAGCAGGUCACUAGCGACUCCGUCCAAGUCGGCCCUUGCGGGGAUACAUUGGAACCUGUUGGUCAAGUGCAGAUGAACAAGUUAGAGCUUGAAGCUGCAGAAAGUUCCACCCCACCUUCAGUGCCUCCUGUAUGCCUUACUCCUUUUGAACACCCGGGGGCAGCGUCGCGUAAGGACCCCCCCAGCCUUGACCAAGUGGAUAUGGGCGGACUAACAAAUGCAAGCACGGCGACAAACUCUGCCACCAAGUCCAGUCCGGUGCAAAACUGCCAAGUUAAAUCAGACGCUGCCAACAAUCCACUGCAAGUUGUUGGCGUUUCUCUGCCGUUCUUUGGCAGUCAGUUCCUGGAUGCGAGCAAGAAAUACCCGCAGAAUUUGGGUUAUGCCACCACAACCCACAACGGUCACGUGUCAAAUGCCCACAGUGUCACUGCUGCACUGCAAAAUGAGCAGAGGGCAACGCCAGGCGCCUUGGUGGGCUCUGUGACCACCAAGAUCUCCGCCAUCCACCUCACCAAGCAGGGGCGAGCUUCCGUGUCCCCGGAGUGCCCCCGGGCCUCGCCGGGACAGCCUGAGGGCGCCGGCCCAGAGUGCGUCAUGCAGGUGGAUGGCGACGAGGAGGAGCUGCCGGAGGAGCUGCCUGACGAGCAGGAGAACACCUGCAGCGAUGAUGGUGAAGACUUUCGACGUACAAAACACUCAAGUGACUUUCCCGCCAGCUACUGA